GUCCACGCGAGUUAAUUGUGUGUGGUGAUAGUCGAAGAAGUGUGUGUUGUAUUUCGGAGUCAGUCGAGAAAAUGCCUGGAUUAGAAGAUUGGUUGAAUAGCCCGUUGGAUAUUAUCCAAAAUUUAUAUGAGAAACAUGGCAACCAGUAUUCUCAAUAUGUCAGUGAUUAUUUUACUGAGAGACUGAAAUCAGGCAAAGCUGUAUCUUGGGUACCUAGCCUGAAUGACAGCCCUCUCCAUGAGCUAAGAGCUAACAGUGUUGUCCGGUUCAGAUGCAUGGUACAAGACAUGUUUGACCCAGAGUUUUACCUGGGUGUGUAUGAAGUGGCAGACCUAGAGUCUGGGAAAACCAGUCUAAAGUGUGGUAAAUAUGGAGACAUUGCUCAGUGUGGGCCUAAGCAGGUAUUGCGGUUGGCGAGCCCUCAGACAGUGACCCUGGACAGACAGACUUUGUACUGUAUACCCAUCCCUGGGGAGUCAGAAUGGGUUAAAACUUCAUACUCAGAAUCUGGUCAGACCAAAGUCUCUGCAUCCCCCUCACACUCAACCAAUCACUGUAAGCGGAGCAGAGAAGUGGAGAAAGGGAACACCUGUGGCAAUGGAGCAGCAAAUAUGGAAACGUCUUCACCUUUACCUGAAAACACUGCUGGAACAAUGGACACGGAGCAGAACGACUCCAGUGAUGCUAAGCGAACAAGGACGACCCAACAGGCAGGGUCAUCAGUUGCAGGUGGCAUAGAUCUGAACUUCCCACUAAAAGGAGAAACUGGCCCAGCAUGUCUUGUUAAGGUUUAUGACAAUGAGGAGACCUUUAAGGUGAAUGACUGUGUAGAGUUUUUUGGAAUUUUGUCUGUGGAACCCGCCUUAGCAUACUUUGACAACAGCGAUGAGACUGAAAUGGUAGCUGUAGCUGAGAUGUCAACAGAAGAGAGAGCAGCUCAUGCUCCUCCCCCCUCACUUGUACCCAGGCUUCAUGUUAUACUCACCAAAAGGCUGCAACACAACAACCCAUUGAUAGAAGACCAUGCAGAAGAUAAGCAAAAAUUGAAGGAUGAUGUGAUAUCAAAAGCUGCAGCAUUGAGAUCUCAACUCCUGUCUGUCUUACAGCAUGCCUUACUGGGAGACGCCUUAGCUGCAGAGUACAUGCUGUGUCACCUCCUGGCAUCAGUGUAUGCCAGAGCAGAUGUGAUGCCUCUUGGUAAAUUUAGCAUCAAUUUAUCAGGAGUUCCUAAGGAACAGAGAGCUUACCCAAAGCUGUUUUAUCACCUACUGUCUAAUCUAGUCACUAAGUCUCAUCAGUUACCUAUGACCCUGUCCGUCAUGAACCAGGCCAAGUUCUCCCCGGAGAAGGAUUACUCUGCUAACCGUGUGAAGAGUGGCAUGCUACAGCUGAGUGCCGACACACACCUGAUGGUGGAUGAAACUUGUCUGGAAGCAGGACAUCUAGACAACACAGGUGUACAGAACGUCACAGCCCUUGGUAACCUGAUUGUGUGGCAGAAAGUAGAGUAUGAUUUCUGUUAUCACAAACAGGACUUCCCCGCCAGUGUACCUGUGCUUACCUUGUCUGAGGGGAAAUCGUUACUACCUAGUGACUGUCAUAUUCCCUUGUGCCCUAUGACUUUACCAGAGGAUAUGAGGACAUACUACACAGAGCUGGACAGUGUUCUGACACCAGAGAACCUGCACAAGCUACGAGUGUACAUCACUGUUAUGAAAUAUACAGAUUAUAACAUGGGCGAGGAUAUACAAAAGAAAAUCCAGGAUGACUUUGUAGACAUCAGAAAAGAUGACCCUAAGAGUAUGACAGUUGAUGAUUUUCACGCGUUGCUGAACUUGGUCAGGUUGUUGUCUCUGAGUUUUGGAUUAAGUAGUGCUAACAUGGAGAUGUGGAACAAAGCAAAGGCCAUGGAAGUGAUAAGAAAACAGCGGGUGGCACAAUUACCCACAACAGCGGGUGCACAGCAACGAUCAUCAUAGAAGAGAGAACCUGGGACAGUUGUAUGGUGAUUUCAGACUACAUGUACAUCGUAGAGAGGUCAUCCAGAAGAAAGUCUGAGACAUUUUUAGAAAAAUACAUGUGUAUCAGUUCCUAGCAAAAUUCACUGUUCCAUCAUGCAGAGCUCUAUUGCAUGGUAGGAGUUUUCAUUGUGAAAUCUAAAAUGAUUGGCCUGUAACAGACACUUACUUAAUGGAAAUAUAUUCAUUAUAGGGCAUGUCAAGUUUUGGACUGUCUUCGGUUGAUAUGCUGAGAGAUUUGUGACGAUGAUGGAAAGAGAAGAUUGAAGGAAACCUUUAACCUUCUACUACCUGUCAUAACAGAACCAAUGUCAUCCUAAUUUGUGGAGAGAAAAUUUGAAAAACUUCAUGUACUACUGAAUUUAUGGACAAUCAUAAUGGAAGCAGUGGCAUAAUUUUACCAACUGUGUUUUUUUGUUAAGUGAUCUGUUUUGUCUCUAUGCCUGAGCAUGUCACAACAGUGACCCAGUGGAUCCAGUUUCAUGGUGAUCAUGUAUGCUAGGACUGAAAUAGCAUCCAUUUAGAAGUCACAUCAUUUAAUUUUUAUGGAAUGUAAAUGUUAACUAUGUCUUCUAAAAUAAUAAUUGUUUUGCAUGUUUUGGUAGUAAAUUUCUGUCGAAAUUACGUAAACUGAAAACUGAUGAUAAUUUGUUACGUGUUAUGGGACAUUUUACCCAUGUUAUAUGGAGUAAAAGGCUAUUAAGCCUAGGUCAUGUAUAUAAUUUGUGAAAUAAACAUACAGGAUUAUAGCAUGUUUUGCCACACUCAUA